UUAUAUCCGGAGGAAGGCAGAACCUAAUUUGCCGUCGGGAGUCGUCGCUGCGGCCUUCUGCGCUGUGGGGGCGCCCCGGAGCCUGGGCGGGUUGGUAAGCGAUGGCUCCGGUGUCUCACUCGCGGAGCCCAGCGGGGUCUCCGUCCUCACGACGGGAGAGGAGCGAUGAUUCAGGCAGCCCGUCUCCGCCCAGGUCCACCCGAAGCAAGAGGUCUCGAGCCCGGUCGCGCUCCCGGUCUCGGUCCCGCGAGCGCAACGGCUUCCGGCAGCGGCCUGGCCCCCCGCAUCACUUUGGCCACCGGCACGGCCCCGAGCAUUACGGCAAGGAGCAGGAGGAGUCGCUGCGGCAGAGGCGAUUAAAUGAGAGAGAGAGAAUAGGUGAACUCGGAGCACCUGAAGUUUGGGGAUUUUCACCAAAAGUUCCUGACCCAGAUUCUGAUGAACAUACCCCUGCCGAAUAUGAAGAUGGGACAUCUAAAAAGAGCAGCUCCUCUGAUUCUAGCUCAGAAGAGGAGGAGAAGAGGAAGAAGAAGAAAAAGAAGAAGAGAAAAGCUGCUUCACGUGAGGAGGAAAAAAGGAAAGCCAAGAAGAAGAAAAAGAAGCACAGAAAAAAAAAGGCCAAGAAAAAGAAGAAUAAGAAGAGCAGGAAAGACUCCAGCGAGUCAAGCAGCGAAGACUCCGAUGACGAAGCAUUACAAGAGGAUGAUCUCUGGAUUGAGAGAUCAAAAAAUGCAGAUGCUGUGGAUUUCAUAGGACCAGAAGCUCCUAUUACCCAUGCCUCCCAAGAUGAUCGGCCCUUGAACUACGGGCAUGCUUUACUCCCCGGUGAAGGCGCUGCCAUGGCAGAGUACGUAAAAGCUGGAAAACGCAUCCCCAGGAGAGGUGAAAUUGGCCUAACCAGUGAAGAGAUUGCAUCGUUUGAGAAGUCUGGCUAUGUAAUGAGUGGCAGCAGGCACCGGCGAAUGGAAGCUGUGCGUCUGCGCAAAGAGAACCAGAUCUACAGUGCAGAUGAGAAGAGAGCCCUGGCCUCUUUCAACCAAGAGGAGAGGCGAAAGAGAGAGAACAAGAUUCUGGCAAGCUUCCGGGAGAUGGUCUAUAGGAAAACCAAGGGCAAAGACGAAAAAUGAACUGGAUGCUCUUCUUGUGACUAGCACAGCCUGGAAGUGGUAUUAAUAAACCUCACCUGUUAACAGCGAUUUGCAAAUGGGUGUCCGGUAUCACAGCAGGGUCUAGUGCUGCCUGACCUUUGGAAAAUGGCUUGCGUUCAUCAGAUAUAUAGACUUAAAGGUGGGGAGGCCAUUAUCUUACACAGUAAGAAGAUUCUCUAUGAUCCGGGAAGGAGAAAUACAGAGAUUGAAGCCUGUCACUUUUCUUGCCAGAACAUUGUUAUGAGUGUCUUCAGUUAAUUCAAAUUUGCAGUAAUUUUGCUGUGUAGGACAAUCCCCUUGUUUGCUCUUCACUAAUUCCUUAUUAUAACAUAUUCCUUAAGGUACAGAGGCUAUAUAAAGAUGUGUAUCCCUGAGCUACCUCUGAACCUUGGCUGAGAAUUAAUUCCAGGUGGGUGAUGGGCCUUGUGGUAUACUCUAAUCAGAAUAAAUAGGAUCUAAAAAUGCCGGAUAUCCCCAGUGCAAAUUGCAGGAGACAUUUUCAGCCAUGCCAGACAGAAAGAUCUGGAACCAAUCAAUAGCAUUCUUCUAAAUAUGGCACAAUAACCAAAUGCUACAAUGUAUAUAUAUAUCCACCAAAAUAAACACAAUGGACUAUCAAAUCGUAUCAAAAAUGGUUUUAUUAGAUUGUGAAUUAUAAAAGAGACAGCAGCAAACCCAUCAGGUGCACACACAUCACAAAACACAAUUUUGAAAAAGCAACUCA